UAAAAUUGAUGUGAAACUUGUUGAGAAUUGAGUAGGCAUGAAAAUUAAAUUCCCAAUUUACAUUAUUUUCUUUCUGAUAUAUACAAAUAAAUUCAUAAAUUUACUUCUAUAUAUUAAAAGAGGAUUAGGGGCAAAAUGAGCAAAAAUAAUCCCUGUGAAAUUACAUGUAUACCCUCAAUUCACACACAAUUUCGACAAUGCCAUUGCCACUUGGUUUUCUUCUUAAUCUCGUUGUGUUCACUUGGAGUGAAUGGAAUGGAGGGAGAAUGGAAUGAAUUUUGUACUCAAAAAUGGUGUUGAUUAAAGAAAAUGUAUACAAUUUUCAUUCCUUCGAUCAUUCCAUUCCCACUAUUUUAACUAGAAUUCUAUCUCACAUGUUUUGGAAGGAAUGCUCAUUCCAUCUCUACAUCAUAUUUUCUUUACAAUCUUGAUCACACAAAAAUUUAACUCAUUUAUACUUAGUCACUAUUAGCUCGUACUUUCUUCUUUCUCCAUAAAAUUUCAAUAUAAUUUUUCGUUCCAUUCUCCCUUCAUUCCAUUUCAUCCAAGUGAACACAAAACAUUUCCACAGUAUCUUCUUAUUCUCUCAUUGCUUGCGCUUUUCCGAUUUGUGUUAUGUUGUCGUAUUUAUCCAUCCGUGAGGCGCAUUUUGCCAUAGAUCAAAACACAUAAUAAGACUCUUCUACUGCUCUCAAAGAUUCAUGGCACACACAGCGGUUCCUCUUCUCCUCCUAAUUCUAAUACAAGCCAAACAUGUCGGCUCUCUUCAAGGUGUUGAGUCGGUGAAACGAAUGAAUAAGCUAACGGUGAUCGGGAGCAUGGAUCCCUCAAAACUCCGAGACUUAACUAAGAAGAGAACUAUAAAGAAAGUCGAGACCAUUUCUCCCAAAAAGGAUAAGGACAAAAAAAACAAUGGUAAUGGCGAUGACAAGAAAAAUUCCGGCGACAAGGAGGACAAAACCGAGAAGAAAUCAAAAGAUAUAGCAUUGCUAAAGGUACCUCUGCAUUGGGAUGGCUGUAUUCAGAAAAUUCAGAAGCUCGUCUACAAAACAAAAGGUUGUAAGUCAGUUUGAAGAGACUUAUAAAAAGUAGAAGGACAAUGACCAGGUUCUUCAAGUUGCAGGAAAGAGUAGGCCGGUUAAUUGCAAUAUAAAUGGGAACCUGUUUAGGCUAAGCUCCAUGUGGGAUAGAUUUGCACAAGACAAUUUGUUGUCUGUUGGUGAUUUUUGUGUCUGGACUGAUAAACACCUCUACUAAAUUGCUACAGGUUGAAAUAUUUUCAGCAGCAAAAGAAGCAAACAGUGGUACUGGCAUUGGACAUCACUUACGCCACUUAAUUUAAUCAUGACACAAUUUGCAUCUCAUUUUGUUUUCUGGUUUCUGGUUUUCAUAUUAGUUUGGACGCUUUAUUGCUCUAUACGUUGUUGCCCGCUGCAUUCUCUGAAAUAGAAAAUCUUCUGUAAGAGACUGCCACGGGUAAAAGGAGACAAGUAAGCUAAAGUGCCUGCAUCAGUCGAUGCUUUCACAUCCAGAUACCCUUACUUCAGAAUCAAAAUAUACCCAUCUUCCUUGUGUGGUGGAUAUUUGAGUUUGUCGUAAAAGUUUGUGAAGAGAGUUAUUACUAAAAACAGUUGCAAUGUUACCCUUCGAAUAUCGGAAAUAUCAGAUGGAAGAGAAUGGUUGGUUAAGUGCAAUGUUUACCACUGUAUUUAUCUUGUAUGUUUUAUUGUAAAUUUUAAUCUAUUUUUCAACAGUAUUUGUCUUUAUAUGCGUGAUGUUUUUUGGCUACUCUGGUAAUGGAAUUUAUAGGAUAAGACAUAGUUACAUAUCUUACUUUAUUAUUUAAUUAUUUAAUGUAUAAUACAGAUAUGUACAUUUUUAAUAUGUUAUAUUGUGAAUUAUAUACUGGUUGCA